AUGGUCAUGGGAAAGUGGGAUUUCAGGGCAGCCCUCAGGGAUUGCCACUGUCCUCAGAAUUCCAUAAUGAAAGCCGAUAUGCUUCUAGGUGUGCUCAUCAUGGUGGGCUUCACAGUGGGAAAGGUUCCUGUUCCUGAAGUCCGGACCUGCCACCUCUGCCUCUUAGAAGACCCUUCUGUAGGAUGCAUUUCAGGCUCAGAGAAGUGCACCAUCAGUAGCUUAUCUCCAUGCAUGGUGAUCACAAUCUAUUAUGAUACCAAGGUUCGCUUUUUCAUCCGAGGCUGUGGACAGUACAAUUCUUACCACUGCCAAGAAAAGCACAGCACCCACUUGUCAGAGUACUGGUACCAAGCCCAGUGCUGUCAAUAUAAUUACUGCAACUCCUGGUCCAGCCCUCAGCUCCAGAGUCCACAGCCUGAGCCCCUCAGCAGGGCCCUGGGCCUGCCCCUGCUCAAGUCUCAGAUCCAACGGUUCUACCAGGCCCUGAACCUCUCACUGCCCCUCCCCAGCUUCCACACUGAGGAGGAGCAUGAAGGCCUGGAUCCCCUGGUUGCCCUGCCCCUGAAACUGGGUUUGUCCAUUGCUGACUUGCGCUACAUAUACUUAUUCCUCAACAGUUCAGGACUUCUGGUUCUUCCCCAGGCUGGACCCUGAGCCCUUACCCUUCCCAGAUUGCAGUCUGUUCCAGCAUCUCUUCCAACACCAGCACUCUGCACUGCCCUCUCAGGACACCCGCAUUCUCUGGUCUGUACUUAGACCUUCUACUUUGUAUGGGUUGGCCAAAAAGUUUGUUUAGUUUUUUUUCCAUACAAUAGCUCAAGUAGUGCUUAGUUGUCUUUAACUUCAUUGAAAACAGUUUUGUUAGAUUGUAUUAUGACAGCUGUCAUAUUAGCCUGCAUUUUUAAAAAAACAUCAAAAUUCAUGAAUUUUUGUGCCACUUUAAUGCUGAAAAUGGAAGAAAAUUCAGCAUAUAAUGCUUUAUUUCAAGAAAGGUAAAAAUGCAACUGAAACACAGAUUUGUGCAAUGUAUGGAG